AUGAACGUGGUGUUGCUGCAGGACGACGUGUCCCCCUGGAAUAUAAAGUUUGUUAAGCCAGCGGUGAUGAAAGCGAUUGAAACCGACACGGAGAUCAACUACAAAUCUGGGGUGGCUCGCAAUCUGACUGCCAGCUACAAUGGGUUUCAAACUAUUUAUUACCAACAGAAAGGCUGUCACAGUAGUGCCUGUGGAGGAAUAGAGAGCCUGAUAGAUCUUACGAACUCAAAAAUGAUUGGCUGUGCUCUGCUGGGACCAACCUGUACCACUGCAACCUUCAAUCUGGUGGACCUUCACGUUGGUCUGGAUCUCAGGAUGCCCGUCAUCUCAGCGGGGAGCUUUGGCCUGUCCUGUGACUACAAGGCUAACCUGACACGCCUACUGCCUCCAGCUCGCAAGGUCUCCAACUUCUUUAUCAACUUCUGGAACUUCUCUGACAAUAUUAAGCCUUCAUGGAGUAAGACAUACAUCUACAAAAAAAACAAUAACACAGAGGAUUGCUUUUGGUACAUCAAUGCUCUAGAGGUUGGCUCAGGCUCCUUUGCUUCCAGUAUUGAGAAAAGAGUGGUGCUCCGAAAAGAAGACGAGUUCAGUACUGCGUUAAAAAAUAAUCGAGAAAGUAACUUGUUUAUUUUAUGCGGAACUCCUGAUGAUGUCAUGAAUUUGAAGAACGGCUCUCUGGAUGCUGAUCCUCACAUUGCUUUUAUUCUCAUCGAUAUGUACAAUGACAAGUAUUACCUUGAACCAUCCAAUGAUGCUAUGAAGAACGUCUUGGUCCUGACAAUGCCCAAUACUCGAAAUUACACCAUAACCAACAACACGAUGAAUGAUUAUAUUGCCGCAUAUCAUGAUGCGGUGCUGCUGUUCGGGCAGGUGAUGAGGAAAAUCUGGCAGACUCCUGUCUUGGAUGUCAACAGUGUCAACAUUACCUAUUUCAGAAAUGUAUCAUUUAAAGGUAUUGCAGGAGAUUAUGUAUUAGAUGAGUAUGGGGAUAGAGAUGUGGUGUUUUCACUGAUUUAUACCAACACUAACAAUGAGUAUAAAGUCCUGUAUGAGUUUGACACCAGCAAUAAUAACACAACACUGGUCGACGUCAAUCCUUCAUUCAUCUGGCCUCAACAGCAACUUCCUGAUGAUCAGCCUGUUGUUGAUAAUGCAGGUCAUGUCAUUGUCAUACUGUGUUCCCUAGUGUUGGUAGUGAUAGUCACAUUUACGUUUGUCUCUUACCGGCAGAACAGGUCCUCCCGCCGUAAACAGAAGAGAUGGUCCCACAUCCCUGGAGAGCUCAUUACCCUUGUAGAGUCCAGUGAGAGAAAUACAGUGUCUCUAAAGAUUGAUGAGGAUGCCUGGAAAGAUACGAGUCAGAAGAUUCGCUGGGCACGCUACGAUAAAAAGAUUGUAAUCAUUAAGCAGCUAAAGCACUCUGAUGGCUACUUCAGUGAAAGACAGAGAAUAGCACUUAAUGCAAUAUUACAAAUAGAUUAUUCCAACCUAAUAAAAUUCUAUGGUACGGUAAAGAUUGAUCAUGAAGUCUUUGGAGUGUUUGAGUACGGAGAGCGAGGAUCUCUAAGGUAUGUACUUAAUGAUAGGAUUUCAUACCCAGAGGAGACCUUCAUGGACUGGGAGUUCAAAAUCUCUGUCAUGUAUGACAUUGCAAAGGGCAUGUCCUAUCUUCAUUCAAGCAACAUUGAAGUCCAUGGCCAUCUGAAGUCCACCAACUGUGUCAUUGAUAAUCGAAUGGUAGUAAAAAUUACUGGCUUUGGCUUUAAUACUAUCCAAAGUCCAGAUAGAGAUCUGUGGACUGCUCCAGAGCACUUACGAAAGGACGGCAUUUCUCAGAAGGGUGAUGUUUAUAGUUUUGCCAUAAUUGCACAGGAAAUCAUGCUGAGAAAGUGCACAUUCUACACCAAGGCCUGUUCUGACAAAGCUGAAAAGUUGGACUGUGUGCAGUAUCCCCGAAUGCUGCAUUUCUUCAGGCCUGACCUAAACUUUGAAACUGCAAGUGAAAAAGAAUUGGAGGUGUACUUGCUUAUCAAAUCCUGUUGGGAUGAAGAUCCUGAGAAAAGACCAGAUUUCAGAAAGAUUGAAAGCACUUUGGGAAAGAUUGUCAGUCUCCACAACCAGGCCAAUGAGAGUUAUAUGGGGAACCUAAUUCGGCGGCUACAGAUGUAUUCCCGUAACCUAGAGCACCUGGUGGAAGAGCGCACCGCUCUGUACAAGGCAGAGAGAGAUAGAGCAGACAAUCUCAACUUCAUGCUUCUUCCAGGGCCAGUGGUACACUCUCUGAAGGAGACUGGCAUUGUGGAGCCUGAGCUGUUCGAUGAGGUUACUAUCUACUUUAGUGAUAUUGUAGGUUUCACCACCCUUUGCCACUACAGCACACCCAUGGAGGUGGUGGACAUGCUCAGUGACAUUUACAAAAACUUUGACAGCAUCCUUGACCAUCAUGAUGUCUACAAGGUGGAGACUAUAGGCGAUGCAUACAUGGUGGUGUCGGGUCUUCCACGGCGGAACGGAGACAGACACGUGAUGGAUAUUUGCCAUAUGGCGCUUGACAUUCUCUCAUUCAUGGGCACUUUUGAGUUGCGCCACCUGCCCGGCUUGCCUGUAUGGAUCCGUAUAGGAGUGCACUCAGGCCCUUGUGCUGCAGGUGUUGUGGGGGUUAAGAUGCCCAGAUAUUGUCUGUUUGGAGACACAGUGAACACUGCCUCUCGCAUGGAGUCUACAGGAUCACCCAUGAGGAUCCAUGUAAGUCAGUCAACAAUCAACAUCAUCGAGCGUGCUAACUGCAAGUUUGAAUAUACAAAGCGAGGAGAGACGUAUUUAAAGGGUAAAGGCAAAGAGACAACAUACUGGUUAACAGGAGUUCAUGGACAAAACUACACCUUGCCUACACCCCCAACAGCUGAAAACUUCCAGCGUCUACAGCAAGACCUGGCAGAGUUGAUAAAGACUUGUCUUGAGCAGAGGUCUCCAAGUCUUAAGAAGAGGAGGACACUUUCAGCACGUCAGAGGAAGCUCAGAGCUCACGCAGAGAUGACUGACAGUGAGCAGCCUGAGUAUUUCCACCUGGCUACUGUAGACAACCUUAGUACAUACCUGUAACCUAUAAAAUGUUUGUUCCAUGUUA